AUGGACCAUAAAGCAUGGCCUUGGAAGAAGAAAUCAAUGGACAAAACCCUUGUCCAAAGCAAUGGAGAGAUUGAGAAGCUUGUUGCUGACAAGAUACAGCUGGAGAAUCGCCUUAAGAGUCUAAAUGAUAAGCUUACCUCUGUCGAAGCUGAGAACAAUAAGCAUAAGACUGAGGCACAAGAAGCAAUAAUUGGAUGGGAGAAUACAAAAGCUGAAUCAGCAUCUCUCAAGAGGAAGCUAGAGGGAGCUUUGAAUGAGAAACACAGGAGCGACGAGAGGUCGAGUCACAUGGAAGCUGGUCUAAAAGAAUGUAUGCAGCAGCUUCGUUUUGUCCGGGACGAGCAGGAGCAAAGGAUGCAUGAUGCUUUGACAAAAGCACCACAUGAUUAUGAACAAACUUUGAAUGUUCUAAAGAAAGAAAUGGCAGAUACGUCAAAGAACAAAACUGUUGAAGAUUUAAACAGAGACAGGGAACUUAUCGUGUCUGAGUUCAAUUCUUUGGUGGGUAGCUUAGAGUUAAAGGAAAAAGAAAACGUUACACUGAGAUAUGAAGUUAGAGUACUGGAGAAAGAGCUUGAGCUACGGAAUGAAGAAAGAGAGUUUAGUCGUCGAACCGCUGAAGCAUCUCAUAAACUUCACUUAGAGAAUGUGAAGAAAGCUGCAAAGCUAGAACAAGAGUGUCAAAGGUUACGUGUACUUGUCAGGAAACGAUUACCAGGACCUGCUGCUUUGUCCAAAAUGAGAAACGAAGUAGGGAUGUUGGGAAGCAGAAGGGUCACUAACGGCGCCAUGAUCAAUAACCUCACUGAGCAGUUGUGCUUACUGGAAGAAGAGAACAAGACUCUGAGAGAUGCCUUAAGCAAGAAAGUCAAUGAGCUUCAGUUCUCAAGAAACAUGUAUUCUAGAACAGCGUCUAGGCUACUAGAAUUCGAGUCUCAUCUCGAGGAAUCUUCUAAAGGCACAACAAACAUUGAGCCAAGCCGGAGCAGCAAUGUGUCCCAUGAAGUCUCUCUUGCAUCGUUUCCAGAGUUUGAUAAAGUUAGCUGUUCUGAUUAUUGGGCAGAGCUGGAGAAUUUCCAGAACAAGAAGCACAUUGGCUCCACACCUAAAGCUUCAGAGAUGGAACUAAUGGAUGACUUUGCUGAAAUGGAGAAGCUUGCAAUGGUUACAAGUACAGUACCUGGAAGCUCUCCUAUCUUCUCUUCUGAUUCCAUUUCAGCCACUGGUCCAGUAGAGAAUGAAUCUAAUAUAGAUUCAUCAGAGGCAACGAAAAUUCACAUGAACCCUGAUGAAGAAGUACUUGAAGAUAUCAGUAAAGCUCUGUCAGGUGAACAGACCGAGAAUGUCACUGUGGAGAGUGCACCAGACUCAGAGUGUGAUAUCAGCAACUCCAUUCGCAGAAUCGUUAAAAUUAUUGAAGGAGCCAGCUUAAAAGAUGAGAGGCAUGGAGAAUCAGAAAGGCUUUCGGGUUACACUGCUCGUGUCUUGCAAUGGAAAACUACAGAGCUAAGUAGUGUAUUGCAGCGGUUUCUUAAGACUUGUUACGAUCUAAUAGACAGAAAAGCAGACAUGAAGAAGUUUGCAGAAGAGUUAAGCUCUGUGUUGGAAUGGAUGGUGAACCAUUGUUUCUCUCUUCAAAAUGUUUCAAGCAUGAGAGAAGAGAUCAAGAAGCAGUUCGAAUGGGAUGAGUCACGGAGUGUAAGCGAUGUUUCCUCUUUAGCUUGCAAGGAUCAGUGGAUUGAAGACAAACCUGACAAUCACAAGCUGCAAAGCAAAAUGGUUGAAGAAGAGUCAAAGGACAAGACGGCAAGUGCUUCAGUGAACGAUCUCAAGUUGGAGGAAAGGCAAAACAUACGAACUGAUUUGGAGAUCACUGCUGCUUCUGAAAAGCUAGCCGAGUGUCAAGAGACGAUUAUAAACCUUGGAAAGCAGCUCAAAGCAUUGACUAACUCAAACGAAGCAGCUUUACUUUCAGACAAACUCACACCUGAGCUUAUCCACAAACCGAACAACCUACUUACCGCACUACCUCCACAAGAGACAAAACCAGAGAAGAGAUUGACCACUCAGAGAUCAUCUCUUUUGGAUCAGAUGAAGGCAGAAGAUCAUGACACUGGAGAAUCCAAGGAUCAGGAGAAACCUCAAGCAGCUGAUAAAAACGGAAAAGGAGGCGGUUCAGUCUACACUGAAACCAUUGACGCAUUGGAACAGAUUCUUCUCUCGGACAAGAAAAUCAAAGGCUCUGAAUCAAACUGCUUCGCCAUUACUCCUCAAAAAAAGAACGGCGGAGUUAAGAGCCUCUGGAGAAAGCUGUUUGGGAAGAAAAGCAAAAGUAGGAGCAAAAGGCUCCCUCAUCUAUUUGCCACCUAA